AAAUAAUAGUAGUGGUGGUGAAAUAUGGGGGGAGGGAGGGAAGGGUAGAGCAGCAAGUUUUAAAAGGAAAGGAAGAUGUUUUUCUAAAAAUAAAAACAGACAUUUGGCCCAGUCCCGUCUCAACCUCACACUCUUUCUGUCCACAGUUUUGUAUUCGUAUUCUUUUCGGAUAGCGCCUUUUAGGUGAAUUCUAAAUCGGAGGCAGAAUUUGCACACAUGUACUCAUUUCAAAUGGACAAAGACAGAUUCGCCGUUAGCCGUGGAGCAUGCUCCUGGCUUGAAAUGCACCAGUUCAUCGGAGAUCUGAUGACCUCGAGCUCCGCUCAGCCGGUGAAGGACUCGGCUCAACAGGAGGCGCUGCGCGUUGCCUGGGAGACCGCGGGGCACGAGGCGCUGGGGCUCAGAAUCCCGCCAGCUGCACCCCAAGCCCAAAACAGACAACCGCACAGUAAAGGCGCCUCUGGCUGCAGCCUGCAGCCCCUGCCUGAACCCGUGGAAAGGAGCGUAGAGGCAGCAAGCAGUGGACAGCAGUUCCAGCACCGCACAUGCACCUGCCCUGCCUGCCCCUUCUCUUCCUCCUUCUCCUCUUCCUCACCCGCCACUUUCCAGGCUCUGAGGCCUAGAGAGAGCCCCCCAUCGCAGACUAUUUCAACCCAGGUCGACCAAGUCCGCCAGGCCAAGGAGUCCAGCGCCGUCCCCGUCAGCCUGGGCCUGUGUCUGGGGCUGGGCCUGUCUCUGGAGGAGGAGGCCGGUGAGCAGAUCGGGUCCUGCGGCAUUGAAGCAGAUGUGCAGCAGCAGCAGCAGCAGCAGCAGCGGCAGAACUCGGACAGAGCGGUCAGCUCCCAGAACCCCAACGUCUCUCCCCACGCCCCCCCGCAGAUGCCCACCUUCCCCUGCCUCUGCUGCCAUCGCGGCUUCCAGACCUGCGCCCAGCUCCUCCGCCACCAGCAGGGCUCCGAGCCCCACUUCCCUCACCCCCACCACCGUUACCACCACCACCACCACCACCACUGCCCGCUGGCCUCCUGCCUGCCCUGCCCGCAGCUGGCGCACCCUCCGCAGUCCCCGCCCCCGUUCCCCUGCCUGUCCUGCCAGCGCACCUUCCAGACCUGCGCCCAGCUCCUCAGGCACCAGCAGGGCCACGUGCAGCCGGAGGGCGUGUCCCAGCACCCCUGCAUGCACUGCCCCGCCUCCUUCCCCCGCCCCUCCCAGCUCCUGCAGCACCAGCGCUCGCAGCACGCCUCCAAGACGGGCGGCUUCCUGUGCCCCGAGUGCGGCCGCGCCUUCAACUCGCACAGCAACCUGCGCAUCCACCUCAACGUGCACACGGGCGCCCGGCCCUACUCCUGCGCCGACUGCGGCAAGAGCUUCAGCCAGUCGGGGGCGCUCAAGAUCCACCGGCGCAUCCACACGGGCGAGCGGCCCUACACCUGCGACUUCUGCGGGCGGGGCUUCCCCCACCUGGCGGGCGUGCGGGCCCACCAGCGCACCCACACCGGGGAGAAGCCUUACCGCUGCCCGCAGUGCGGCAAGUGCUUCACCCAGUCGGGGGCGCUCAAGAUCCACCUGCGCAUCCACACCGGGGAGCGGCCCUUCGUCUGCGGGCUCUGCGGCAAGGGCUUCUCCAACCGCGCCGGCAUCCGCUUCCACCACCGCACCGCGCACGGCGUCGUCUCCGAGGCCAGCCUCGGCCUGGCGGCCGCCGCCGCCUCGGCCCACCCGGGCCUGGGCCUGCUCGCCUCCGCCGUGGCCGACCCCGGCCUGGCGCUCGCGGUCAACCCCGCCGCCAGCCCCGCGGCCAGCCCGAGCCCGGACGCCGGCGGCAGACCCGCCCGGAACGGCAGCGCCGACGCGGGCCGCCCCGGGUCCAGCCUGGCCUCCGGGACCGUCUGCAGCUCGCUGUCCUCCCCCUCGUCCACUUUCAGCCCCGACGCUGCCCCCGUGCCCAGCAAGGGCGCACCCAAGAGGAGCGCGGCGGCAGGGCGGGACAGGAAGCAGCUGGUGUACGCCUGCGAGGACUGCGGCUUGCGCUUUAGGGACGCCCUGUCCCGCAACAAGCACCAGGAACUUGAGCACUAUCCCGACCCGGAGGACGAGGGGGAGGAAGAGGGAGAGGAAGAGGGUGUGGAGCUGAGCCCUGAAAAAGAAGGGGGGAUGGGAGAGACAGUGGAAAGUAUGAUACAGUGAAGGCUGGUUUUGGGGGGUGGGAGCAGAUGCAGGCCAAAAUGAAGAAGGGGUAGGAGGGGAGGUAGAUACGUUGUGCCUAAGAGCUACUAAGCAGUUACACAACAGUGCCAUUUUUAAAUAGAUUUGCGCUAAAUAUAAAUAUUUUUAAGAAGCACUUUAAAAAAAGCUUAGAUGCAAAUGCCUGUAUACUGUUAGUGCAGACAUGCAGUAUUUGCCAGCUUUUUGAUAUUUAAUUAGUCCAUGAUUUGAAUGAAUCCCUAAGAUUUUACUGCACUAUCAUUCAACGAUCCAAUCAGAGGCCUCCCACUGGAUGUGUUGUGAUAACUGACUGUACUGUUAGUUCAUUCUGAGAGUGAAGCAACUGUCCAGAAAUGUGGAUGUUAUUUUCUGGAAUGUGCUGUUUUUACAUUUAUAAAUAAGUGCCACUUUG